AUGAAGUCGAUUCUAAAAUCCCCCGAGUACACCAGCUCUGGGCCGCCUCGUGCGAGGAAGAAGAGCCGUUAUUUUGAGGACUAUUACGAGCAGACUUCCCAAUAUCGUCCACGCGAAUCGCCUCGUGUUUUCUCACCUAUCCGUCCUUUGCAGCCUGAUGAUCCUCACCGUGCUCGUAGGGUUCCAAAAGCGGGCGUAGGAAACCCAAUAGGAUGGCGCGGCUUGUAUGCGAACCCGGAAAGGCGUAAUUCGCAGGUGAACGCUGUCCGCUUAAGAAAUGUCCUGAAGCUUCCGAAAGCUCACAAAUGGGUGUUUUAUGAAUGGUUUUAUUCCAAUCUCGACAGACCUCUUCUGUUGAGCGAAAACGACUUCCGGAUAUGUCUUAGAGAAAACUUUCCAAAUAUUAAAACUCGAAGGCUUACAAGAGCACACUGGUCACUUCUUCGACGUCUUAUGGGUAAACCAAGACGGUGCUCCACUGCAUUUUUCGACGAGGAAAGACGUUCCCUGAAGGAAAAGCGGGACAAAAUUAGAACGCUUCAAGCAACACGGUCUGUACAACUGGAAUAUCUGCGCGAUCUCCCGGAUGAUAUGCAUGUUCCUAUGCCGCUCAUAAUAGGAACGAGGAUUAAUGCAAGGUUUUAA